CACUUUCUCCAGACCUGAAUCCCAUAGAAAACCUAUGGGAUCAGCUGAGUUGCCGUGUAGAGGCUCGUACCUCUGUACCCCAGAACCUCAGUGACCUGAGGGCCACCCUUCAAGAACAGUGGGUAAGUCAGUCUGUAAUGGAUGCUCAAGGGCACAUGACAAGUUAUUGAGACACUGUCAUUUUUUGUUGGGGUUUACCCAUCACUGCUGUCGACUUUUGUUUCAAUAAAUUGUUUGAGAUAAGGAAAUCACCAUUGCAUGAUAUAGUAUCACUGUACCGAGAACUUUUUACGUUUAAACAUAAUGUGGGGUUUAGUAGCAGAACAAAACAAAAAGGCUUGAAAGCAGAACCUGUUAUCAGAAACUGUAAUACUGAUUAAAAUAGAACUUAUUAAGGGUUUUAGGAGGUUGUGAUGUACAGUGAAUGUAGCACCAAUUACUUUUGCUGUCUUCUCUGCAUCAUCACAACCUUCUAGAAAAUUGUUAGAAAACGUUCACAACUUUCUGAGGAAUGACAUUUCAGCGUUGUGACGGUGUAGAAAUGCACCAAGCAGACGGCACUGUGGGCCCUCAAACAGCACGUUGUGGCAAUGUAGCUGUGUUUGCAGGGCCGUUAGGAAUAAAACCUGGUGGUUUUGCUUCCUAUUGGGACUUGGCUUGAUGGUUGCCGUUAUAGGCCAUUAGGAAACAAACAAAUGCAUGUGGAAUCAGUCCCAGAAGACCUGAUUAACCGAUCGGAAUCUUUUACACUGUAGCAACAACCCAUCAGGAAAACACAGAAGACCAUUCGAGACUUCUGAAAACCACCAGGAACCAACAGACACUUUAAAUGGGUUCUAUGAUCUUUUUCAUCAGGAAGGUGCAUUAAAUGUAGCUCUCUAGCCGAGUUAGAGGAAAAAUGGAUUAAGUGAUAAAUAUACUAAGCAGAAGCAGCCGCUUCCUGCUAUUGUGGUCGACAUGCACGUGAUGUCUCUGUGUCGUGUUUGCAGUCAGACUUUGCUGUGCUGUAAUCUGUACUUACACAACUGAAAGUAACUCUGUGUGACGCACUUACAAACAACAAUAAAAUAACAGAAAAAUCAGACUUCAGAUGUCAGACUGCUCCAGGGAUUCCUGCUUACAGGUCAGACAUGUGCUCCUGCAGCUCUGCUCACUAUGUCCUGAUCUUUCUGGCCAUUACAGUCACUGGUGGGUCAGCUGUUAGCUCAGUGCAGGUGAAUCUUCAUGACUCUGCUACUCUGCCCUGCUCUGGGAGAUGUUCUGGUUUGGUCAGAUGGACUGUGUACCACAACCCUGAUGAUGUUCUCACUGAGUGUGAUCAGACUUCAUGUAGAUCAAAGGAGGGAUAUCAGAUGAUCCAUGAUCAGUACCUGAAGGGGAAUCUCUCUCUCAUCAUCACUGACGCUGAUUACUCUAAGAGGGACACUUACACAUGCGACUGUGAUUAUCUAGACAUCUGUGACGUGACUCUCCAGGUCGAGUUUUUGAAGACUUCAGUUCAGAUAGAGUCUGGUGAUUCUCUGGUGCUGGAUUUGGACCUUUCAGAUCCAGUGAAGGUGAUUUAUAACAGCACAGCUGCAGCUGGACCACCCAGCGGUCCCAUAUGUACAGUACAUAGACGCUCACUACAGUGUACACCUGAAUACACACAGAGAGCGUCACUAACAUCUGGCUUUGAGCUGAGACGAAUGACUUCAUCUGAUAGUGGAGUUUACACCAUCUGGGACACCAAGUAUAAAGAAAUUAUUCAUGUCUACACAGUGACCGUCCAAGAUAACCAUCAAAGCCUGGACAGAUAUCUUGGGUCUGUGGUGCCAAUGUGGAAGAAGGUCCUGGGAAAAUUCGCCCUUUCAGCUGGACUUGUAUCUGUGAUUGUGGCAUUUGUUUUGCUGAUUGUGCAGCCAAAAGGUAAUGAGCAUCCCUGUGGAUGAAAGGUGGAAGGAAUUCUCACUAAAUGAAACAAGGAUUAACAGUGCCAUUGGGGAAAGGCCUGCACUGUGGCACAGGAGUGGCCCAGAGAAGAGGAAAGGCCCAAGGACUGAUUGUACAUGAACAUGUUAAUAUAAAUUUACCAUGUGCAACUCAGUGGAAAACAUUACUGCAGGUCUAAUAGUGGAGCGAGUGUAAUGCACUUACAGUAGCCAAUCAAAACAUUGAAAUAUGUAUUUAAUUGGAAACGGUGGGGUGUUGAGCACUGUUGAUACUAAAGCACAUCCAGCUAAAAAGGCCAAUAUUGGCAUCCUGUUUGUAGAAUUUUCAACACCUGAUUAAAACAAACUUUACAGUACUUACAACAAACGUGUAUUCAUACUACAUCAAGCUGCAGCUGCUGUAUUUGUAGAAGACUUUGUGAGAAUCCACUGUGGGAUCCACAAUACAGUGGGGUUUAUAUACACAUCACUGCUGAUUGGGUAACACCUCUGACACCCAUCAAACCAGACACGACACACCUCAAAGUCUGCUACGCACUGUUUCACACUGUUUAGACAAAAUAUGUUGAGCUUGGAAAAUGAAGUGAAAUAGUGCACGUGUUGAGAUUGAAUGUGCCCCAGAGUACUAGUGGGUGGGGUCACUAGUCCCUGCAUAUAAUUGAACAGCUGCCAGAUAUCAGAUUCCUGUUACUAACUUUACUACACCAAGUCCCAAGUAGAAUAACUUGUCAAGCACUUUGUGUUAACAUGCUCACCUUACUAGUUUCGUUAGAAGAUGUUUCUUCAAAUGUUUCCAUAGCAACCUGCACCAACAGCCUACUGCCCCAUGACCGGUGAAAUCUGUGCUAUAUGUAGUCUAAGCUUGAACUCGCUGGUAUUUGUUUUAGACAGUUUUGUUUCCUUCUGUCUGAGGACUCUGUAUUGUGUAUACAACUGCGCUUUGUUAUCCAUGCCUUCUUAUCACAUUUAGCCUUUUAUCUUAAUGCAUGUUUUU